AAACGCGAGAGAGAGAGAGAUAGAGGGGUUCGGGUCUGAGUCUGAAGUCUAAGUAAGUCUAAGGCUGAGCUGAGCUGUGGCUGAGGCUGAGGCUGUCUGUGUAUGUGUGUUCUCGCUCGCUUUGUUUUGGGUUUGGUUAAAUCGUUUUUUGGUUGGUUUUUAUUCCCUCUCCUCGUUUGUGGAGGGGAGAACACACCGCUCUCCCUCUCUCUCCUCAUUUCACUUUCUCUCUCCAUCAAAAAGAGAGAAAAAAGAAACGCACUUUCUCUCUCUAAGAAAAAAUACACACACAAAGAGUUUUUUUUCUUUAUUUUUUUCCUCUGAUUUAGCUCUCUCUCUCUCGGCUUUGAUCGUCGGUUUUUGAUUUUAAUCCCGGAGAAGAGGCCGUCGGAGUCGAGAAUGGGAAUUCCGGUGGCUUCGCUACACUGACGGACCGGUGACGAUGGAUGUAUGGAAUUCGAUGGUGGAAUAAUCCCGAUGUCUCAUCUCGCGCCCGUGACCGAGGCUGCUCCCUCGUUGUCACCAUCGUUUAGCGAAGAUGCAAUGUGGCAAAUGAAUUUGAGAUCAAGUGAAACAAUGGAAUCUGGGACAUAUCCCGAGCGUCCUGGAGAGCAAGAUUGUUCUUACUACAUCAGAACAGGUCUUUGUAGAUUUGGCGCAACUUGUCGCUUUAAUCAUCCCCCAAACAGGAAGUUGGCUAUUGCCACUGCAAGGAUGAAGGGCGAGUUCCCAGAAAGAGUUGGACAAGCUGAGUGUCAGUAUUUUUUGAAGACGGGAACCUGCAAGUUUGGAGCAACAUGCAAAUUUCAUCAUCCUAGAGACAAAGCAGGAAUUGCUGGAAGAGUUUCCUUAAAUAUGUUAGGCUAUCCACUUCGUCCGAAUGAGACUGAGUGUGCAUAUUAUUUAAGAACCGGACAAUGCAAGUUUGGAAGCACAUGUAAAUUCCAUCACCCCUCGCCUACUAAUAUGAUGGUUUCAAUGCGUGGUUCCCCUGUUUAUCCUACUGUUCAAUCUCCAACCACUCCUGGUCAGCAGUCAUAUCUUGGAGGAAUCACAAACUGGUCAAGAGCAUCUUUUAUUCCAAGUCCACGCUGGCAAGGCUCAUCAAGUUAUGCACCUCUGAUUGUACCUCAGGGAAUGGUAUCAGUUCCAGGCUGGAAUACAUAUAGUGGUCAGCUGGGUUCAGUUUCAUCUCCAGAUAACCAGCCUGCAGCAGGUAACAGUCAAAUGUAUGGAACUUCACGUCAAAGUGAUCAGGCAAAUACAGGAUCUCAAGGGACGUAUUCGCCUUAUCGUUCUGGCUCUGUACCUGUUGGGUUCUAUGCCUUACCGAGGGAAAAUGUUUUCCCUGAGAGACCUGGCCAACCUGAGUGCCAGUUUUACAUGAAGACAGGGGAUUGUAAGUUUGGUGCAGUUUGUAAAUUCCAUCAUCCUAGAGAGAGACUAAUUCCUGCGCCAGACUGUGUUUUGAGUCCAAUGGGCCUUCCUUUACGCCCGGGUGAACCUUUAUGCAUCUUCUAUUCUCGCUAUGGUAUUUGCAAGUUUGGUCCAAGUUGCAAGUUUGACCACCCAAUGGGAAUCUUUACGUAUAAUCUAUCUGCAUCGUCUUCCCCCGAUGCCCCUGUUCUACGUUUAUUGGGGUCAUCUUCUGGAACAGCUCAAUUAAAUUUUUCUUCAGAAGGACUUGUUGAAGCCGGAUCAACAAAGGCCAGGAGACUUUCACUAGCAGAGACCAGACAGAUGCCUCCCGGUGAUGAUAAUAAUACUGAUACAGAGGACUGAGACUGCUUUCAAGACACGAGUCAUUUACUUUUGCUAAACCGAAAUUGUGUAAAUUCAUUUCCAAUUAUUGGAGAUGUACAGAGUUCAUAUCAAGUUGAUUCUGCUCCUCUGAAAUUCAUUUCAGUUGAGAGAUUUAACUUUAUUGAAUUUCUUAUCGCUGCAUUGUAUAAAAAUCUGAAAAUAUUGUCACAUUGGUAAAAGCCAAUGUGAACAUUUCAUCUGUUUCAAAAUCCCAUUAUCUGAUUUUUGCGAUUA